UCUGUCAGCAUGACUCAACAGAUGCAGAACCUGCAGCUGUCCCAAACCAGGAAGUGCUCGGGAGGCCCCGCCUCUCCCAGCGCCGCUAAGCGCCUGUACAGGAACCUAUCAGAGAAGCUCAAAGGAGGCCACUCCUCCUUCGAGGAUGCCUACUUCUUCGGCCGUGGAGACCGCCACGGUCAUCGCAAGGGCUCGAGUAUGCAAGGUAGUGAGUGUCUGUUUGAGGCGGUGGAGCAGCAGGAUCUAGAUGCCGUCCAGAUCCUUCUCUACCAGUACACAUCUGAGGAGCUGGACCUCAGCACGCCCAACAGCCAAGGGUUAACUCCGCUAGACAUCGCCAUCAUGACCAACAACACCCCCAUAGCCAAACUACUGCUGAAGGCCGGCGCCAAGGAGAGCCCUCACUUUGUAAGUGUGGAGAGUCGUGAGACCCACCUUGGCGGCCUGGUCAUCGAGGCAGAGAGGAAGGCAGGGGAGCUGGCUGCCCAGGCCCAGAGAGAGGGUCUCAGCCUGGAGGCCUGUGACAAGGACAAGCAGCUCCGAGCCUGGGAGUGGAGGAGCAAGCUCUACAAACGCAUGAGGACUGGCUUCCAGCAUGCAUGUGCGCCGGAGCCCCCGUCUGCAGUGGGUCUAUGUGUAACCAGUAGCUCCUCUCUCACAGUUACCUUCCAGGAACCCCACUGUCUCAACUCUGCUGUGAUCACCAAGUACAGAGUGGAGUGGAGCUGUCUAAAGGAUUUCUCAUUGCUGGCCGGAGACAUGGUGUUGGAAAACCUACAUACGCUCAAGUGUACCAUCAAUGGCCUUACCACGGGGAGGCUGUACUAUGUCCAGGUGUCGGCCUACAACAUGAAGGGUUGGGGUCCACCUCAACAGUCUCUACCCCCCUCUGCUGCACCUUCCAACUGGAGGGAGAGUGAUGGUCGUGAGCCCAGGAGAAGAGGGCACAUAGAGGCUAUGGAGCGCCUGCUGCAACAGGUCCGUGCUACACACACACACUACAGCUGCGGAGACACGUCAAAGCUCCAGAACCCAAGCCGUAAGCAAUCCGUCUCCAGAAGUCUCAAGCACCUGUUUAACUCUUCAAACAAGUUUGUCAAGACACUCAAAAGGGGGGUUUACCUGGCAGCAGUGUUCUACCACAAAGACAGUGUACUGGUGACCACAGAGGACCAGAUCCCUAUAGUGGAGGUGGAUGACUCCUAUGGCAGCUCUCUCAUGCAGGACUUCCUCUGGUUCACUAAGUUGUCAUGUAUGUGGGAGGAUGUGCGGUGGCUGAGACAGAGUAUGUCUGUCUCCAUGUCCUCCUCCUCCACUCUACAGGCCAGACAGAAGAUGCUGUCUGCUGCUGGGCAGCUACAGAAUCUGUUAGGCACACACAAUUUGGGGCGUGUCCACUACGAGCCCAUCAAGGAUCGUCAUGGCAAUGUGUUGCUAUUGACGAUCAGGGACAUGGAGAGCCAGUACUCCUUCUUCAAUGGGAAGUGGAUGCAGGUGUCCAAGCUACAGAGCCAGAGGAAGAGUCUGUCCACACCUGAGGAACCCUACGCACUGGACAUACUGCUAAUAACCAUACAGGACAUCUUGGCCUACCAGAGGCGUAGCCAGCAUCGCCUUGUCCCAGGUCUGUACCUGGGCUACCUGAAGCUCAGCAGCUCUGUAGACCAGAUCAGGGUGCUGGUGCCGCAGAGGAUGCCCAACAUGCUGUGCCACGCGCGGGUACGAGACAACGCCAAUGUCUCCAGGGAGGAGUGGGACUGGCUGCAGAGACUGUCAACCCUAGAGGAUGGAGAGGAGAGAACGGAGGGAGAGAGAGAGGGAGCUGAUCAAACGACAGACAGUAACACACCGCUGCUCUACUACGAGCUACAGACUACCCUCAAGGCCCUGCUCAAACUAAUCAACCUACCUCUGCACCAGGCCAAGCACUUCCGUAUCUACACUCAGGAGGUGUUGGAGCUGGGUCAUAAUGUUUCCUUUCUGCUGCUGCUGCCGGCGGCUGACGAUGUGUGUACCGCUCCCGGACAGAGCAACCCCUACACACCCCACUCCGGCUUUCUCAACCUCCCUCUCCAAAUGUUUGAGCUGGUCCAUUUCAGUGCGUACAAGGAGAAGUGCGUCAGUCUGUACUGCCGCAUGUCAUCUGUCUUGGACCUGGAUGCACUUAUUACCCAGCAGGCACUGCGAGAGGCCAUCAUGGACACAGAGGUCGCCACUGCCAAACAGAGACACCAACAUAUACUGGACUAUAUACAGCAACUGGAUGAGAUGUGGCGGGAGCUGCGUUGGAUCACUGAUGCCCUGCAGUGUGCCCGCUACAAGCAGCCCCGUGGCGGUGUGCCCAUCACCAGCCUGGUCAAUGCCAGCGAGCCUGAGUCAGACCAGGGGGCACAGAAGAGUGACUCAGCAUCCUCUACCAUGGACUACCUACCCACACCAUCACCAUCACCUGAGCUACGACGCAGGAAGGAUGUUAGUGACUCCCAGCUGGGGUCAGAUGAGGACGGUUGUUCAGAGGUGUUCCUGCCGACAGACAGUGACUACGACUCCAGCGAGGCCUUGUCCCCACGCGAGCUGGACCUGCUCUACUCCCCCCCACAGGACCUAUCCCAGCAGGCCGUGCACGCCCUGGGAGGCAGCGCUCCCGACGUACUACAGAUACACGAGCUCAGGUACAGUAUCUGCCAGCCCAAAGACCUCGCUCUCUCCCCUCUCUCCCCCGGCCCAAUCCUCUCCCCUGCCCCACCCCUCUCCCCUGUGCCCAUCCUCCCCGAGACCACCCUAUCCUGCACCAAAACACUGGAGGGUCUCUCCCUUUCCAAGACGACCCAGGACAAGCACUCCUUCACUCCGUUGCGGCCCCUAGCCAACCCCCCAACCAAGCGGAAGCUGCUGUCCCGGAGCCAUGGGGCCACUGGGGCCCAGCAGGGUUACUUCAGCGGGCCCCAGCGGUGGCUCAGGGGCCACAGCGACAGCCACACAGGGUCCCUGUCUGAGGGGGUCUAUACCAGGCAGAGGGACCCAGACCUGCCCACCCUGCCCCUGGAUCUCCCAUCCCCACAAGCGGAGACAUAUGCUAUUCAUGCUUCCUGUGUCCUGGAAGGCCGGAGGGGGGGACAGAGGGAGCCCAGGCCCCAUAUCAGGACAAUCUUUGUGGAACCGUGUAAGGAAACGUCGCCUGAGAACAGGGGCUGUGGAGAGGGGGAGAGAGGGAUGGAGGGGAAGGGAGGGAUGGAGAGAGGGGCAGGGGUGACGGUGAUUGUGGCAGAGGAGGGGUCAGGAGAGCAGGGGUAUGAAGGAGCGACAGCCCAGGAUCUGGACUCAGAUGACCAAACGAACACACAGGUGUCAGAGAUCCUCAGCAGCAAGCUCUAGGAUUGGACAAUUGUUCGGCAAGGCGCUCCAGGAUUGGACGAUGCUCAGUAACAAGCUUUUGAACGAUUGGACAAAGGCUAUUUUAUGACAGUUGGAUGGAGGAAUAUCGUUUUGGCGCGUUGCAUACAGUACAUAUCCCUCAUCCCUGUGUCCAAACUGAUACUGAUGCCCCUUUCCCUGUCUGUUUGUCUCUGUGUUUGGUUGUGUGGGUCUCUAUCUUUCUUUUAUCCCUUUCUCUUUCUCUCUAUCCUUCAAAUUACUUUGGACAGGCAUGCUGAACUGAACUGACUCUAGCAUGUUUCGCUCUGAGCUCGUGCACGUGUGUAGCUCACAGACUAGACAACCCUUGCUCUCUCAGUAGAAUGUACUAGAGACUCAGGUUGCUGGCCAACUGUCUGAACUGUUAACUCAGAACCAAGCCAAGGCUCCAACUGUUAUGACCUAUAAUCAAUGCAACAUGACAUCGCUGUCGGAUAAAAACAUAAUCUCCAAAACAGAAACUUUAAAGAAUAUUUUAUUUUUCUCCAAUUAACGAAAAUACAAUUAUGAAACUUCAGAAGUAUUUUGAAUACAUUUUCUUUGUCCUAGAGUCAUGAAAGGAAGUUACUGCUUUCAACACAUGUAAAACAUGAAAAUUGCCAAAAAUUGCGUUACGAUGUUUUCAUCCGACAGCGACGAUGAAUUAAAGCACUGCUUUACCUUUGCACUUGAAUCUGUGUUGAUGACUAACAAUGGCUCGAAGUUGCUAUUUCAAUUGAUGGGUAUUCAUUAUACAUUGACACCUUACAUAUUAGACGUGUGGACACACGAUACAAGCCUUAUGUUUCUCUAUGUUUCUCAGCAUGGGUUUAUAGGCAUUUCCCCACUAACAGUGAAUGUACUGUCAUGGUUUAAAGUUGGUUUUCUGCGGUAAUUAAUUAUGUGUCAUUACCAUCAUGCUAAGCUGCUUGAUUCUAUUUGGUUCUUUUGUGGAUCUGUUACAAUGAAAACUCAACCGGAGUAUCAUUCAGAAUGACAGUGAUGUUCUUCAUACACUAAAACAGUAACUUUUCCCACUUUUCUCGGACUAAGAACAUAAUCUGAAGACCAGCCUUCAAUAUCUGCAUAGUAUACAGUAAGUAGUAAACAGUUAUGAAUCCGAAAGCGUACUGUCGAUUUACGCUAGUUGCCCCCACGCCUAGUUCUGAUAAGCCCAUCGUUAGGAAUACUGAUGAUGACGAGAGUAUUAAACAUUCCACAGCAAGCUGCAGUGAAUUCCAAUAUUAUAGCCCCUAUAUCCCUAUAAGUAUUUUUGUACUCUCUAUUUUAAAAUGUUAAUAACUUGCUAUUUUGCAUUGAAUGCCUACCAUUCGUAUUGUACGUGAGUCAAAUGAUGUAUUAUUUUGUUGGCAUGGACUUGUUUUGUGUGGACUCUAGCUUAUGUCCAGUUUGAGUUUGUGCCCCCCUUGGUUUGGCAUGAGAAGGUCAAUGGUUAGAGGUCAGGGGUCAUGGACAGGUGGGGUCAGAGGUUAGAGACUUGAGUUACACAAAAACAGUCUGCACUUUGCAUCCUGGACUUAAGUAGCCAGAAAGUGAUUUGUGGUGUGAAGUUAUGUUUCUAUGACACUUUAAGGGUUGUUUUGAACUAAGUUGAAUCAUGAACACUGUAGCUUUGUGUUCUUAUCCUAUGUUCUCUGGUACAGAGUAUUAUACCUUCUAUUGUAGUAUUACUUUAUAUUACUCUCUAGAGUAUUAUAUUCUCUGGUAGAGAUACAUACAGAGUAUUAGAAUCAUGUUAUUAAAGUAACAUUUCCAGGAUCAGCUAAUGAUUGUGCUCAUAUCAGAGGUUUAACACAUCAUGGACUAUAUCAUACUAAAUUGCACUUUCAACAUAUAUGUCUUGUUUUUUCAUUUGAAUUCUAUGAUACAUCAAGCUAAUUCCCAAACAAUACCUUUAUGGUUUUAUCAAAGCCACGUUGCACUGGUAAGAGGGACACCUUGAGCUAGCUUUUCAGUAUUUUAACAUUGCAGAUAAUUAUAAAACCUAAUUUAAAUUUAAUGUACUGAUCGAGGGCAGCUUUAUCGGUAACUAUUGUAAAACAAAUUGUUGCAUUAUUGGAAUAUUAAUAUGACUUGUUGAAGUUUAUUGUUGCAUCAACAGGCCGGUUGGUUUUCCACUAUACAGUAUAUAUUUGCAACAAUGUUUUUAUCCAUUAGGAAAAUAUGUAGCUAGUAAUUAUUGUGUUCUCACUUGACAGUGUUUAAGUCACCUGUGCAUUUACAGUCAUGUCGUCUUUAAACCACCUCCAAAUGACCAAAUUCACUAAUGCUAUUGUCUUAAGUGUUGGGCUUUGGGUUUGGGGCUAGGCCUACUACCGAAUUUACCAGUUAAUGUAUAUUUCCUCAGGAGUAAAAGCAUAAUUUGUCGCUAUGAAAUAUUGAAUAUUACUAUUUUAUUGUCCUAUUUAUUUUGCUAUCUGUGUCUCCCCACUUCCACCUGUUUCUAUCAGUCAUUAGGCUAUUAGUUUGUGGUCUAACAAGCGACUAGGCCGCAUCAGAUCAGUCUCAAUGCCUUUAUACCAUGUGCACAUAGUGAGUGGGCCAAAAUCAAGAGGGGUCAUCAUAUCUGUAUAUUUUUGCAUUUCCUGAUAAAAUGUAUGAACUAUCAUAGUUUCUUAAAUGAAAAUAAGGCUAAUAUGUUUGUGGUUGGGGUGAGGAUGAUGUAAGUCCUAAAAUCAACAAAGUUCCUAUAAUGGUUUGUUUAUUUUCUUCCUGGCUUGUUGCAAUGCCAUCUCUGUCUGGGCCUACCUUACGGUGGCAGAUGGAUGUGUUUGACCAGUUUAAAUAAUAAACCUUUCCCUUGUGGAUGUUGUGUACAA